UGAUUCGUUGCCUCUAGAACUUAACAAAAAUGCCAACUUUUAAUAAUAUAUCGCACAUUAUGCCGCCAAAUGAAUAAUUUAUCGCAGCGUGUCGAUUCGGGGCGCGCAUCCUCGAGAGGGGCCGAGGGCGGGGCGAGACGAGGGAGGGGGCAGCGGCCGACGUCAGUCCGCGCCGAGCGGCCGAACGAGCGCCAUGUCUGCGUGUGCGCCGCGUGCCUGCUGUCGGCCGCGCGCCCCGCCGACAUUGCUCGACAUUACGGCCAAAAUAGUCGCCGCGAACAUCCCGUUCCAACGCAUUGAGGAGCGCUAUGAACGUAUUCCAGAGCCAGUGCAACGGCGCGUCGUGUAUUGGUCUUUCCCGCGGGAUGAACGGGACAUAUGUAUGUAUUCGUCCCUGGCGCGAGCGCCGCCUGAUGACCACCGCAACAUUGCCUUCUGUCGCGGCCUCAAGUUGCUGGAGGCCGGUUGCGUGGAGAACGUGCUACAAGUCGGUUUUCACUUGAGCGGUGUGGUUCGGGCCCCAGCAGCCGCCCCUCCUUGCUCAGAGCCCGAGAGACUAUACAGGGUGACUGUGUCAUUCGACAGGUGUAAAAUAACAGGGGUAACAUGUAGUUGCGAAGCGCGGGACAUAUUCUGGUGCCAGCAUGUUGUCGCUCUAGCGCUUUACCGAAUCAGGAAUGCAGAUUCGGUACGAUUACGAGUGCCUAUAUCAGAGACCUUAUUACAAAUGGACAGGCAGCAGCUGCAGAAGUUCGUGCAAUAUUUGAUAGCGGAACACCAUACGGAAGUGCUGCCAACGGCUCAGCGAUUGGCAGAUGAGGUGUUGCAAGCGCGGUCCGCUAUCAACCGUAUAUGUGGCGCGCCAGACCCCACAGCUGGACCGCCGCCAGAUGCACACCAUGCUUGGCACUUAGAUGAGCAGCAGGUCUGUGAACAAGUGCGUGCAUACCUACUACAAGGAACUUAUUAUAAUGCAAAUAAGCAGCUUAACUCUUUAUUUUCUAAGGUACGAGAAAUGCUCAGGGCACAAGACUCGAACGGUCCAAGAAUGUUGAUGUUGAUGACAGAGCAGUUUUUAUCAGAUCCUAGGCUCCUCCUGUGGAGGAACCAGAACACGCCGAUGACUGAAAAGUGUAGGCAACUAUGGGAACAGUUGGGGGCAUUGUGGGUUAGCAUAGUACUGGACCCAGGUAGUAAUAAACAUCACAGACUACAGUGGAGGCAUUUGUUAGAGAAAUGGUCCGCAGUAGAAGUCUGUCCAACUGAAGACCCUGAUUAUAGGUCGUUUCCACUGUACGCAAGAGAAAGGGAAAGAAGCGAAAGAGAUCGUGACAGAGAUCACAGAGACAGGGAUAGAGAACGUCACAGGGAUAGAGAGGAGAGAGAUAGAGAAAGACUGCGAGAAAGGGAAGAAAGAGACAGGGAAAGACAUAGAGAAAGACAAAGAAGAGAUAUGAAUUCCCAUUCAGAAAGUUCGGAUGAGGAAUCCAGACCUAAUAAUUAUGAACGUGAAUAUAGGAGAGCUAGCAAAAGAUUAAGACUACACAAUCAAAGGCCUACAACACAACUGACACCUCGAACGGUAUUUCACAAAGCGCUGGACGCUGUGGACAUUUCUUGGGAAAAUGAACACUUGAAGAAUAUCCUUGGCAGUGACGAGUACUGCGAUCCCGAGAAGCCGGACAAAAUUACCAGUUCUGGUUCCGUCACACCCCAGCCUUACCCCAAGUUUAAUGAGCUUGGGCAGCCGCUGUGGCACGAGCAUUUACCGGUAGUAGGAGCUAGGAUAGAAGCACUACGGGCUCACGGACGGGCACCCGCCGCUUUAAGACUAGCGGUUAGCGCUGCGCGGGCAAUGCGUCAUAGACAGGAAGUAGCCCAACAUCGAUGGCACGAAGUGGGUGCGGGGGAGGCUUCGUCUAGCGGCGGCGGUGGCGGUAACAGCACGAGCCCGACGUGCUCGGGGCCGGAGUCGUGCUCGGGCGCGUGCGCGGACCGAGUGAAGUUAUCACUCGUGUGCGCGCACAUGGACGCCGGCGUCUGUCUCACCAGCGGCGCCACGUGCGCUCUCUCUCACUCACAACGAUGCAUCGGACGGGAUAGCCGAUGUUGGACAGGCUGGACGCUUGAGGCGAUCUGGUGCGUUUACGAAUGCUUAGCUGAUGCAUGUCUAGCACCAGAUGAUCAAAGAGCUUCGCCCCGACUCCACACUGCCUACUUGGAUGAGGAGCCCAAUACUGGUCUGCCACCAAGGUAUCAACACGUACCAGUGGCUGGAAGUAAAAAUCCUGAAGAGACUUACCUUGCUUUGGCUCUGGAAGCAGCGUUAUUGGGUCUCGGUAUGCAGAGGAUGCUACCGAGCGGACUUUACGCACAAGAGCGGUAUUGCAAGCAGGAGGAGCGGUUAAUAGCGCAACUUCAACGAGUAGAAGGUGAGGCUGCGUGGGGUGUAUGCGCACGCGCGGCUCGUGCGUUGCUCGAGGGCGGGCCGGCAUCAUGCUUGGGCACGCGAGUACAUCCACGGUCUGCACCAGCGCACACGUUCGCGCGGUAUCUGUUCCUCACCCUGCUACCCCACGAUCCUGACUUGGCGUACCGGGUCGGAUUGAGAGCGAUGAGGUUACCAAUGGUGGAGGAGGCGUACGCGCUAGAUGGCGCCAGUAGUGCUCCGGCGACGAUGCCGGGCGGUGCGGGCGCGUGGCACACUCUCCAACACGCUGAACAACAGCAGGCGGCGCUCGCAAGCGCGCUAUUAGGAGCGGCACGUGGCACUGGUGCACGGCUACGCGCGGCACUAGGCGCGGCACAGCGGCACGUGCGGUCGGCGGCACAACUGUUCCGGUUAGCGCAGGACGCGCUCCGGCACGCCGCCCCGCCUGACGCGCCGCACCACCACCGCGACCUGCUAGCUGCCGCGUUCGAACUUGGCUUACAGGUGUUACGCAUGACACUAUCGUCUGUGAACUGGAGGCGGCGUGAGAUGGUCCGCUGGCUUGUCACCUGCGCCACAGAACUAGGUCUCGACGCCCUACUCUCCAUCAUGCAGAACUGGUACGACUCAAACAACAGAAUACUUAUAAAUGUAACUCAAUUACGCGCCUCAAUCCGCACUGAUGUUUUAAUUAAAGUGUACGAACUAUUCACACCGACGGAAGCGACCGGACCUGUGGCGGCGGCGGCCAUGUCACACGCGACGGCUCUCCGGCUUGGACUCACGUUUGAACAGCAGGAGAAACUCAGUGCCUGCGCAAGGACACUAGCAUUACAGUGCGCGGCUAAGGACCCGCCCGGUUGCGCUUUAAGCGCUUUAUCCGUAUGCGAGGGAUCAGCAGGGGCUUUCGAAGCGGCGUGCGCUGCUGUAGGUGGGGCGGCCGCGAGGGGGGCACUAGCAUCCAGUCAGUUAUUCGCGGUCGCACGAUAUAUGGAGCAAAGGGGACAACCGGCUAGAGCCAUGCGAUUAGCAACGUUAGCCAUGAGGAAUCUUCAUCUACAUUACAACCAGGACAGCCAUCCGGCGAUCGCGGACAUUCAUUGGGCGGUAGCGUUAGCGCACUCUUUAGGCCGAGCCGAGCUGCAAGCUAUGCUGCCGCUACUAGUGAAGAAUGUGCAGUGUGCUCCUGUAUUGCGGGAAAAAACCGAUACAGAUUUACAGCAAGCUGAAAAGUUUUCCUGUAAGCCGUCACUUCGUCUAUUACACAAUACGGCGGUACAAAGAGAAAAAUUCUCUGCAAGAUCGCCAAAGGAGUGGUCAGCCACGCUCUGUGAGGACGCCUGCGAACAUCAAAAUCAUCCGGGAGCGACUUCGGCGAAAUGUUGCACUCAGAAGAAACUCGGCAAAAAGCACCAAACUUGGUUGAGGGAGAAUGUGCCGGCCUUCAUAGCGGCGGACAAGUGGCCCUCCUCCAGCCCCGACCUCAACCCGCUAGAUUAUUCUUUAUGGACUGAAUUAGAGCUCAGGGACUGCCGAAUGUCCCACCCAAACUUGGAGUCACUGAAGCGAAUCCUUGUUCGAGAAGCAAAGCAAAUUCCGCUAGAAAAGAUUCGUGCCGCCAUUGAUGUCUGGCCAAAUCGUCUAAGGUCAGACGUGCUACGGCGAUGCUGCGUGGCGGCGGCGGGAUGCUCGCGGUCACGUCCGCCGCCGCCGCGCCCGCCGACGCCGCUGCGACCGCUACUAGAGGCCGCGCUACGAGCAUAUGCCUCCACCACACAUGCUCGCCUCGCACACAUCUCGCCCCGACAUUACGCAGACUUUGUCGAUUUUCUAGGUAAAGCUCGCGACACGUUUGCGUUGGCACACGAUGGCCCGCAUCAGUUCGCAGCUUUAUUACAAGAGAUCAAACUCAAAUACAAAGGAAAGAAGAAACUGAUGUUCCUUGUGAAAGAAAGAUUUGGUUGA